AUGUAUCGCACGCAAAACACUGAUUUAAGUGAAGUAUGUCGUCUUCGCACCGCUCAAAAUUGUCAUGACCGAACGGCGCUGCGUCAGCAGCGCCUUAUGAAGAUGCGAGGUUCUGACACGAUGAAUGAGCAGUUCACGCACUUCUAUGAGAAGUUUGGUUUUGAUGCGAAGGAUGUGAAAGUUUUAAAGCAGUUUACCGUCUCGACCGAUCCGAAUCAGAUAGUUCAAUUAGUUAAACGGAUUCGGCUGACUUCGAAACAGUUAUCGAAAGACACGACAUUAACUGAGCCUUCUGAAGCCGAAGAGAAGUUCUAUGAUUUACUCGUGACACACAAUUGUCAUAAGAAAUUGAUUCAAUUAUUAACACAGCAAUUGCCUUCCGACUUACUUAGUGAUGUGAUGUACAUCUUAACAAACAUUUCUUCUUCAGAGUCUCAUCUCACCAAUGCCUUAUAUUACUCCAACAUCAUUGAAGUCCUCAAACCCUACUUAUACGACCAAAAUGUUUUAGAAAAUGUUUUAAACAUUCUCUCCAACAUCACCGUGGAAGGCGUCCAAAUGCGCGACGCUGUCUUUAACACUUGUGCGAAGGAUGUUUUAGUCACUGCUUUGAAGAUACAGAAGCCUAUAGUAAUGGAAGCAGUCUUUAAUUUGAUUCUCAACUUCAGUCGACAUACCCCCAAGAUCGAGUUGACACUCUUUAAGCCAUAUCUCGACUUCAUCGAACAAAAUUGCUCGAAAGAUAGUCUUUCCUUGGUGAUAACCACCUUACAGACAUACACCGAGU